GUUUUAAACAUCCAUAAGAGGAAAUGACUGGGUAAUUUCUGUGAACUAUUCCUUAAUGAUGAAGGCUUGAAUGACUGUCUCCCUCUCAGAGACCCAGCUAUGUCUAUGUCCCACCUGUAUGGACGGCAGGGAGAGGAGGAGGAUGAGGGGGUGGAGGUGGAGAAGUUUGAGGUGACAGAAUGGGACCUUGCCAAUGAGUUUAACCCGGAGCGCCGCAGACACAGACAGACCAAAGAGGAGGCCGUCUACGGCAUCUGGGCAGAGAGGGGAGACUCCGACGAUGAGAGACCCAGCUUCGGAGGGAAGAGGUAGGAGGCUGGUUCCUGUACACUCUCCAUCUGAUGACAUGCUGAUGACUAAACUACAGACACACAUUUGGAAAGAGGAGAGGAUGGCAGAGAUGGAUGUCACAAUCUCGUGGUCUUCAUUGGGUCUGUGUCUACUCUUAAUCCCAGGUCUAAGGACUACUCUGCCCCUGUGAAUUUUGUGAGUGCGGGGCUGCGCAAGUCUGCAGCAGAGGAGAAGCCACAGCAGCAGAUAGGUGGAGGGUCAGAUGACUCUGACAAUGACAACACUCCCCCUGCCCAACCCCCACCCCGCGACACUGCACCUAAGAAACUGCAGACGGUAGGUGUGUGUGGUGUGUGUGUUUUAUGGGACCUUGAAGGAGCAUUAGGUUCUUUGAAUCAAAGGUUCAACACAGAAUCAAAUAUGUUUUUAUUUUUCUGUUUUUUACUGUUUAAAAAAAAAUAAAUGUUUUGUCAUUUAGCAGACGCUCUUAUCCAGAGCGACUUACAGUUAGUGAGUGCAUACAUUUGAUAUUUUUUUUUCAUACUGGCCCCCCGUGGGAAUCGAACCCACAACCCUGGCGUUGCAAACGCCAUGCUCUACCAAUGGAACUACAUCCCUGCCAGCCAUUCCCUCCCCUACCCUGGACGACGCUGGGCCAAUUGUGCGCCGCCCCUUUGGGUCUCCCGGUCGCGGACGGCUACGACAGAGCCUGGAUUCGAACCAGGAUCUCUAGUGGCACAGCUAGCACUGCGAUGCAGUGCCUUAGACCACUGCGCCACUGCGCCACUCGGCCGAUAGACAAAAUUAUUAGGAGGACAGAUUUUGUCUUACUUGCAUGGUUAACUCUCUGUCUUUCUUCUGUCUGAUUUCUCCAGGGCGGUAGUUUUCGUGGCAACAGCCAGUCCCAGAGGACUGGGUUUGCGGCCGGUAUCCGAGCUGGAGGAGACUUGGGCACUUGGGAGAAACACACCAAGGGGAUUGGCCAGAAACUCCUCCAGAAGAUGGGCUACGUACCAGGGAAAGGACUGGGGAAGAACGCACAGGGUGGGUAUGGGAGAGAGAGGGAAGGAACGAGAAAGAGGGGAGAGUAAUGGAGGAGGUAGAGAUUGAGGAACAAACAGAGAUGGGGUAUGUUUCAGGGAAAGGACUAACUUCUGCUAAUUCUUCUGUUUGUUAAAGUUAAAAUGGCCUCUAUCGAAUGCCUCUCUCCUCAGGUCUGACCUCUGAACCCUCUCUCCUAAGGUAUUUUGAACCCCAUCGAGGCGAAGCUUCGGAAGGGAAAGGGGGCGGUGGGCGCCUACGGCAACGAGAGAACCAAACAGUCACUACAGGACUUCCCUGUGGUAGACUCCGAGGAGGAGGAGGAGAAGGUAGCUCUCUCUCUCUCUCUCUCUCUCUCCCCAUCCCCAACCACUUCAGUAGUCUGCUCACAGAUCUGAAAGGGACUAGUUAGGUAUAAACAAUGCAGUGAUGACCUUCCCACUAUAUUCCUCUCUCCUAUCGAGUCCUUUUAGAUUUGUGAGCACAACAUCUGUAUCUGGGUUAAUGAUGUAUGCCUUAACAUACCUUUAUCCCCCUUUUUCUAGGAGUUCCAGAGGGAGCUUGGUCAGUGGCGUAGGGACCCUGUGGGUGGCGGAGGGAAGAAGAAACCAAAGUAUUCCUACAGGACUGUAGAGGAGCUGAAGGCUAAAGGCAAGCUGGCUGGACGGACCACACAGACACCCGCUGGAGAACUGGCUCAGGUCAAGGUGAGGGAGAACACUUGCGCACACACACAUAGUUACACAUUUAAGUAUCCAGAAACGGAUUUAAACACGUGAAUUUGAUAAUUUAAGAAGAAAGAAAUGCUCCUCCUCUCUCUCUAGGUGAUAGAUAUGACAGGCAGGGAACAGAAGGUUUAUUACAGCUACAGUCAGAUGACUAACAAACUCAGUGUACCAGAGGAGGCUCCACUGAGCGUGGCCACACGUGAGCAAAAGACGUCUGGCUUUGCCCUGCCAGAGCUGGAACACAACCUGCAACUACUGAUCGACCUGACGGAACAAGACAUACUACAGGUGACCUCUAACCCCUAGCAUACACAACCUUCUGCUUCUGAGAGACAACACAUCUCACCCAUUACUAUAACACUAUUUCCAGAGAGUUCAGAAACUCGUAUAAACUCACAAUAUCCCUGUCUGUCCUUCUGUAGUCCUCGCGGCGUCUGCAGCAUGAGUGUGACGUGGUGGUGACUCUGAGCCACGAGAGCUCUGGUCUGCAGAUGAGGCUGGGGACAGAACGGGAUGCCAUCCAGAGGCUAGAGGCAGUACUGCAGCUGGUGGAUCGCUUUCAGAGUGGAGAGACUGCACCCGGGGUAGGACCCAGCCUGCAGGUACACACGUUUGUGCUCUCUCAGGACAAGUCAUUGUUGAAGAUGGAGAAUAACAGUGGUCCCAGUAUUGAACAUUGUGGUACAAACUUUUCUUUAUUGUAUUUGACUCCCUCUCUCUUUCUCUCUCUCUAGGAGUGUGCUGGUGUCUUUGAGACUCUACAGAGUGAGUUCUAUGAGGAGUACAAGACUCUGGGUUUGGGAGAUCUGGCUGCGGCUGUAGUACAUCCACUACUCAGAGAGAAACUACGUACAUGGGAUCCUCUCAAGGUACACACACACUCCCUUGCUUGCACCACCUUUUAGUUGUGGAAGCACCACGAAGUGCAUGACAACACUCACAUGUACUCCUAGUUUCCUCCACUGACUCCUGCUGUUUGUCUGUAGGACAGUUCAUAUGGUCUGGAGGAGGUGGGUCAGUGGCGAGCCAUCCUGGAGUCUGAUCAGCUUCAUCACGCCAACGCCCCUGAAGCACACAUGGACCCCUACCACAGGUAAGUCAAUACCACUUCACACCUCAGAGUUGUGUGUCUGUGUGUGCACAGUGGGCAAGUGGCAAAAAUACCAGAAUGUCAAGCCUUAUGUGAGUGAAUAUAAUGUGUGUGUACAGGCUGUUGUGGGAGGUGUGGAUCCCUGUGCUGCGAGUGUGUGUGUCGGGGUGGCAGCCUCGUAUGGUAGGACCCAUGGUGGACUGUGUGGAGGUCUGGGCCCCUCUGCUGCCCCUCUGGAUACUAAACCACCUCCUGGAACAACUCCUCUUCCCAAGGCUGCAGAGAGAGGUAGAAUCACACACACAUCAGCGCUAUACCAGUGAUGCAAAUAUGAAGUCUCAUGUUGUGCCAAGCUGUCUGUUGACAAAGGGAGAAACGUUUCACAACCUUAAAGUAGUAGUAGUUUGGUCUUGGUGGGGUAGCUCAGAGCGUCACUCUUUUCUACCCAGAACCAUAAACAUCAUGAACGCGCUCUUUCUACCCCCACUAACCCCACCCCUUCUCUUUGAUAGGUGGAUAGCUGGAACCCCCUGACCGACACAGUGCCCAUCCACUCCUGGCUCCACCCCUGGCUGCCUCUGCUCCAAUCACGGCUGGAGCCUCUGUACCCGCCCAUCCGCAGUAAACUGGCCAAUGCGCUGCAGCGCUGGCACCCGAGUGACGGCUCCGCCCGCCUCAUCCUCCAACCAUGGAGAGACGUGUUCACGCCUGGUGCCUGGGAGGCCUUCAUGGUCAAAAACAUCAUCCCUAAACUAGGUACACACCACACUUACCUUGAGUGGCCCCUGAAGCCAACUGAAUUGCCUCAAAGGGACACAGAGAGUGCAGCACCCUCUUCCCUAUAUAGUGCACUACUUUUGACAAACUCUGGUCAUAAGUAGUGCACUAUAAAGGAAAAGGGGUGCCAAAAUGGGGACACAGACAGAUAUUACUGCAUAGUAGAACAGUAGUUUCUUACAUCCGGCUCUCCUUCCCUAUAGCUCUGUGUCUGGGAGAGCUGGUAAUAAAUCCUCACCAGCAGCAGAUGGAGCCGUUCAAUUGGGUGUUGGACUGGGAGGGCAUGCUGUCUCCCUCCAGCCUCGUAUCACUGCUGGACAAACACUUCUUCCCCAAGUGGCUACAGGUAUGUGUGAGAGAGAGCACAGAGGUUGUGCUUAAUGAUAGUUGACUUAUUCCUUAUUUGUGAUUAUCUGUGCUGUUUUUUUAGACCUAAAUAGUCUGUAAAUGUUCUUAACUAUGCAGAGAUAAUUGAUUUGUAUGUUUGUAUGUGUGUGUAGGUGCUGUGUUCGUGGCUCAGUAACAGUCCUAACUAUGAGGAGAUUACAAAGUGGUACCUGGGCUGGAAGUCCAUAUUCAGUGAUGCUGUUCUGGCUCAGCCACUCGUCAAGGACAAGUUCAAUGAAGCUCUGGACAUCAUGAAUCGCGCUGUCUCCUCUGGCCUUGGUUAAUAUUACACACACACAGCUCCAAACAACAUUAACUGAGCACUGACCUUUGGCCCUGUGUAGCUCAGUUGGUAGAGCAUGGUGCUUGCAACGCCAGGGUUGUGGGUUUGAUUCCCACGGGGGGCCAGUAUGAAAAUGUAUGCAUUCACUAACUAAGUCGCUCUGGAUUAGAGUGUCUGCUAAAUGACUCAAAUGUAAAAUGUUAAUAUGAUACACACUCACCCUUCUCUUUCUCUUUCUGUAGGUGUGGGGUACAUGCAGCCCGGUGCCCGUGAAAACAUAGCAUACCUCACACACACAGAGCGUCGUAAGGACUUCCAGUACGAGGCUCUGCAGGAGCGCCGGGACGCUGAGAGCGUGGCGCAGCGAGGCAUCGGUGUCAGCCUGCCCACCAACUUCAAAGACCUGAUCCAGACCAAGGCUGAGGAGAACAACAUCGUCUUCAUGCCGCUGGUUGCCAAACGCCACGAGGGCAAACAGCUGUACACCUUCGGACGCAUCAUCAUCUAUAUAGACAGAGGAGUGGUCUUCGUACAGGGAGAGAAGACCUGGGUCCCUACGUCCCUACAGAGUCUCAUAGAUAUGGCCAAGUGA